CUUGCAAAAUUUAAAAGUAAUUUUAUUGCCAUUGGUGUAUUCGUGUAGAGAUAAGCAUGAACUAGCCAAUCAUAAGUAUGACAAUCAUACAUGUUUAUAUGUGAGAAAAGUGCUGUUUUGCUUGCCAUUUUCACUGCAAAGUGUAUUGUCAUUCAGGUUGAGGAGUGAUUAAGAUUUAGUUUACAAAAUAACAUUAAAGAAAAUGGCUCUUUUAAGUGAAAAUUCGGGAAGAUCGUUACCUGAUUACGAGACACAAGCAGCAAAAAUGAAAAGUUUCAGUCCGUACGCUGAUAACGGAGGGAGUGUCAUAGCCCUUGCAGGAGAUGAUUUCUGUGUAAUAGCAGCAGAUACACGUCUCAGUACAGGAUUUUCCAUUUAUACACGUGAACAACAAAAACUCUUCCCUUUGUCAUCUAAAACUAUUUUGGGUUGUUCAGGCUGCUGGUGCGAUACGCUCACUUUAACUAGACUUUUGUCUGCAAGAAUGCAGAUGUAUGAACAUGAACACCAAAAAGAAAUGCCAACAUUAGCAGUUGCACAGAUGCUAUCAACAAUGUUAUAUUAUAAACGUUUCUUUCCUUAUUAUGUGAGCAACAUUCUUGGUGGAUUAGAUGAGGAUGGUAAAGGUUGCGUAUACAGUUAUGAUCCCAUAGGACAUUGUGAAGUAACAAAAUAUAGAGCGGGUGGUUCUGCUGGUGCUCUUCUGCAGCCUCUUCUGGACAAUCAGAUUGGAUAUAAAAAUCAAGAAGGUGUUGAACCUAUCCCUUUAACUCAAGAAAAAGCUGUUGCAAUUAUAAAAGAUGUUUUCAUAUCAGCUGCAGAAAGAGAUAUUUACACUGGUGAUUCUAUAAGUAUCAAAAUUAUAACAAAAGAUGGCAUACAGGAUUCAACCUUUGAAUUGAGAAAAGAUUAAUGGAGUGAAAUAAAAUUUAUACACUAUCAAAUUUCUAUAUGAAUAAAGUUAACGCUAAAAAAGUAUAAUUAAUAUUUA